AUGAACAGACACCGCUUGCUGCUCUUCUCCCUCUUCUGCCUCGUUGUGGUCCCUGCCCUCACGGCAAGCUCUGUGCUCUCUCCAGAAGCAACAUCACUGAAGUGUGUCACAUGCCACCUUCGCACACCGGCAGACCACUGCAGAAGAGGCUUCGGUGUUUGCCAUGCUCAGAAGUACGAAUCAUGCAUGAGCCUAAGGAUCUACUCCAAUAACACUCUCCAAAUAUCAUACAUGGUGUGUCAGAGAUUCUGCAAGGACUUGACAUACAACUUCAACAAUCGGACUUACAUCCAUAAAUGUUGUGAUGCCGAUUUUUGUAACUUCAGAGUCUAAGAUAUACCCCAGACCUCAUUCUAGAAGGUCCAGAUGUUUUUCUUCCUUUACACUCUACUAACCCUGCCUUUCUGCCCCAUAUGCAUGGAGGAUACUCCUGCUCCUCCUUAACUCCACAUCAUCCUUCCUGGUUCCUUCAGCUUGGAUCUCUCUUUGGGCAGGGGAUGAUGAGGGAUCACAGUUUUAAACAAUAGAUUUUUUUCUCCUGUUACUAGAAUUGGCAUCUUCAUCUACUAAAAGACAUGUCCCAAGAAACUCUGCACAGUAAGAUAUGAAAUGGGACCACCCUAGAACUCUUCACUAGCUUAGAUAAUUAAGGUGGACCAGAAAGCCUUCAAUGGAAAACUCACAAAUAUUUUUAAUUGAACAUCUCACAAGUCACCACGAUGGUUAAGCUGAAACAGAACAAAGUGGAGGUGGGCAAUGAAGAUUUUGCUCUGUGAAUGCAAAGUUUUUUUUUUCCCCUUUGGCAGACAGUGCCCAUUUCAGACUCAGUCAUUCUGAUUUUCUUGGCAACUAAAGCAUUCUCACACAUUUUCACAGGGCAUUGCAAACACAGGACUUUUGCCCUGUGUGGCAUUCCGAGAUCAAAUGAGGCCAUGACUAUUCCUCUAUAGACGCAUGUCAAAAACACAUUACAUCACUUUUAGCCUUUAUCCUUUCCUAACCUUUUGCCAUUCUUUUCCUCCUUUGCCAGACAUCUCUUCACCUUCUAUGACAACAUGCACUCUCCCAAUAAGAGUGGGCUGUCCUUCAAAUCUUUUUCCAGUAUGUCCCAUGGCCCCUGAGCAGGCAGCCUUCCAGGGCUCCUCAUCUGUGGUGCAAACUGGUCACACUCAGGAACAUCUCCAUAUUCCCCACAGCAUCUCCCAUGAGCCUUAGGUCAACACAUAGAGCACAAUGGACCUAGGUCUUCAGUCCUUCACUACCUGUCUAUAAAUAAUAAACCCA